CUUAUGAAGAAAAACAGGAUCGAAGAUGGUUGACAUUCAAAUGCUUAUCGUUGAAAUCAAUAGUCACGUGGCUUUAUUUCAUGAUAUGUUAACGGAAAUUGGUAUGUCGAAGGAUUGUCCUGAGUGGCGUGAAAAUAUACGAAAAUUGCGUCGCACCUGCGUCGAAUCAUGUAAGCAUACAGCGCAAAUAAUAUUGCCGCAAGUCAGAAGUUCGACGGCUGACGGUAUGCUGGCUGAUAAUCCACACUUAGUCCUAUUGUUCUACUUAGCGGAGCUGCUUUUACGUGAACUGCUAAAAAGUUACCGACUGGUUCAAGUAGUGCCAGUGGAUAUGUCCGAUUAUUACGAAAAUCAAGCUGGACCGUCAAAUCUGGGAAAUGUAAUGAGUCAAAUUUUGCUCUGCAAACAAAUAACACCCGACUUCAGUCAGGAAGAGUUGUAUAGUAUUACAAAGGACUCGCAAGAAAUCGCAAGGCUGCUUACUGAAAUGCAGGAAUACAUGCUACAGAAUGAAGCUUAUAUUGAGUGUAAGCCCGCCCUGGACUCCAAUGGAUUGUGGCCUUUCAAGCGAAGGCGAAGUGUCAUUUACAAAAACAUCAGCUUACUCUGUUGCGUGUCAGGACCGAACUUAUGAAGAAGAACAGGAUCGAAGAUGAUUGACAAUCAAAUGGUAUAGUUAAGGAGAAAAAUAAUCAGUGUUUCCGAAACAUUUGCAGUACUAAGAAUUAUUUUAAACUUAAAAAUUAUUAAAAUAAAUUAUUUUUUCCAUAAAUUGCAAACAGAUGAUUUUGAUUAGCCGUUUUUCUUUCUGGAAAAUUUCUGCUGGCAACAAAUUUUUCAGCAAAAACUAGCAGCUUCUCAUCAAAAUGAAAUGGUCAAUUAAUUUCCCCUACUGUGUUGGAUUUUUGUGUACGCGAAACGCAAAAGCUGAAGCUUUUUGAUCGAAGUCAUCUGUUUGCAAUUUAUGAAAAAAAUAAUAUAUUUUGAUGAUUUUUAAGUUUAAAAUAACUUCUUCGUACUGAAAAUGUUUCGGAAGAAAGCAAAUACUUGUAUACUUAGAGUAUUUUCAAACAAGCCCAUUAGCUGAGGCAAUUAAGCUUUAAACUGCGUCACUGAGUUUGGUGUUCACACUCAUUCAAUUAAAUUGAAACAAUUAGUGUUUGACAGCUGAUACUGUUUUAUUUUGCUUUUCAAAAAUUUUGAUCUAGUGCUGUUACCUAUUCAAUUUGCCUUGGUCUGAACAAAAUGGAGAGAUUUCCAACUUUAAAUAAAAUUUUAUUGG